CAAGAGGAGGAACCUAAACCAUAUAAGGAGGAGAAACCUAAACCAUACAAAGAGAAGGAACCUAAACCAGAUAAAGAGGAGGAACCUAAACCGUUCAAAGAGGAGAAACCUAAACCAUACAAAGAAGAGAAACCUAAACCAUAUAAAGAAGAGAAACCUAAACCAUACAAAGAGGAGGAACCUAAACCAUACAAAGAGAAGAAACCUAAACCAGAUAAAGAAGAGAAAUCUUAUCCAUACAAAGAGGAGAAACCUAAACCAUACAAAGAGGAGAAACCUAAACCAUACAAAGAGGAGGAACCUAAACCAUAUAAAGAAUGAGAAACCUAAACCAUACAAAGAGUAGAAACCUGAACCAUACAGAGAAAAGGAACCUAAACCAUAUAAAGAAUGAGAAACCUAAACCAUACAAAGAGUAGAAACCUGAACCAUACAGAGAACAUAAACCAUAUAAAGAGGAGGAACCUAAACCAUAUACAUGAGCGGAACCAAAGCAAUGCAGAGAGGGGAAACCUAAACCAUAUAAAGAAUGAGAAACCUAAACCAUACAAAGAGUAGAAACCUGAACCAUACAGAGAACAUAAAACCAAAUAAAGAGGAGAAAUCUAAACCAUAGACAUGAGCGGAACCUAAGCAAUGCAGAGAGGGGAAACCUAAAGCAUAUAAAGAAGUGGAACCUGCAUUAUAUGAGACAAUCUUUAAUAAAGUCUUAAAAGAA